UAAUGAAUAUCAAUGAUUAAUUAGUUGGUUAGAGAAAAAAAAAAUAUUAAACAAUUGAAUGCAAUGACAAAACCGAAUUCUCUAAACAAUGACUAUUAUAAAGAUUAAUGAAAUUGAAAGAGAGAUUAAUAUAAUCUUCCAUUUUCCAUUCAUCGUCAUUUGCAUUCUCCAAAAAUGUCCACACCUGUAGAGAGAGCUAACUAUAAGCUAUAACUAUAUUAACAUUAACAAAGUAGGCUUUUAAUUUGGAGUAGAAAUAUAUAAUAAAAUGAAGCUUCUAGCUCCUUUGUCAUCAUCAUCUUCUUCUUCUUCUUCUUCCUCAGCUCUAAAAAAGCCUCAUCGGCAACUGUCUCAAUACCUUUUCUCUUUACUAGCUUUCAUUGUGUUCGUCACCAUUCUCUACAGUGAAGACUUCUUAUGCAUAUUUCGCCAGCAACAGCAACAGCAGCAACUCAAACUCGAGUCUGCCGACUCGGACCGAGUCCUCUCUCGACCCGCAGGUGAAGCAGAGAUAGUUUGGGAUAAAAAAGAGGUUAAUAUUGUAGAAGAAAAAGAAGAAGAGAAAUGGAAGAUACCGUUUGCAGUAGGGGAAAGUGAAGAAAGUUGCGACAUAUUUAGUGGGAGAUGGGUUUGGGAUGAGUCAAGACCUCUUUAUGAAGAGUCAGAUUGUUCUUAUAUACAAUCCCAAUUAACCUGUAUGGAACAUGGUCGUCCAGACAAGAAUUUUCGAAACUGGAGAUGGCAACCUCAUCGAUGUCAACUUCCCAAGUUCAAUGCGUCGCUUGUGCUUGAGUCCCUUAGAGGAAAGAGGAUGAUGUUCGUUGGAGAUUCUCUGAACAGAGGUCAAUUCCAAUCAAUGGUUUGUCUUGUUCAAUCACUCAUUCCUCCACAUGCCAAAUCCAUGCAAACCUUUGGCUCCUUGAUCGUUUUCACUGCCAAGGAGUACAAUGCUACAAUUGAGUUCUACUGGGCACCCUUUCUUCUUGAAUCAAACACAGACAAUGCUAUCGUCCAUAAAUUUAAUGAAAGAAUUGUGAGAAAAGGUUCUAUCAAUAAACAUGGAAACCAUUGGAAGAAUACUGACAUAUUAGUGUUCAACACUUACCUGUGGUGGAUGACCGGUUAUAAGAUGAACAUCUCGCGAAAACCUUUUGAUGACAAAAUUAAGGAUAUUAUUGAGCUGUCGACUGAUGAUGCUUAUCGUAUGGCUAUGAAGAGUAUGUUGAGAUGGGUACGGCGCAAUAUGGACCCUAAGAAGACAAGGGUUUUCUUCACUAGCAUGUCACCUAUUCAUGACAAGAGCAUAGGUUGGGGUGGGAAAGCAGGAGGGAAUUGCUACAACGAAACGAAGAUAAUAGAAGAUCCAAAUUAUUGGGGUUCAGACAGAAGAAGUAUACUAAAAGUGAGUGGAGAUGUGUUGAGUAAGUCAAAAUAUCCAAUAACAUUUCUGAACAUCACACAACUCUCAAGCUACCGUAAAGAUGCACACACAUCAAUCUACAAGAAGCAAUGGAAUCCACUCACUCCCCACCAAUUGGCCAAUCCCAUUAGCUAUGCCGAUUGUGUGCAUUGGUGUUUGCCUGGACUUCAAGACACUUGGAAUGAGCUUCUUUUUGCCAAACUCUUCUACCCUUCUUCUGCAUCAUCAUGAUUCAUCAUUAUUUAAAUCCACUCUUUAAUUACUUCAUACUAUUGUAUUAAUUACUGGAAUCACAUUUCAUCACUUCAUAUGGGAUCAUGUACAGUUUACUCUUUUUUUUUUUUUCUUUCUCAUUUGAUCAAGUGUAAAUUAAUUUAAUGAAAGGAGAAAAGAGAAGAACAUGAUAAUUUCUACAUAGAAUUAUUUUGGGUUUGAGCCUAAUCGA